AUGCCUUUUGUUCCAUCGCGCAACAAAGCAAACCUCUCGGCCGGGUCUAUCCCUAACCCUCCUUUAUCGGAAUCUUUGCAACAUCACCGCAGACACUCGAGUGAUAGCAGUUUAGAGGGUGAUCUCCCGUUGUCGCUUAGUUUCCUAAGAAAGCCGUCUCGGUCCAACUCAUCCGACGAUAUCGAUGAGUUGAUGAAGCAAAAUACGCUGCUCAAUUCUAAAGGCUAUACUCCUCCUCCGGAAAUUGAUCCUUCUUCCGAAAAGGCCCUUAUUGACGAUGAUCCAUCGCCAGAGCCGUUCGAUAGCCCCAUCUCGCUGCCCGAGUCCCAGUACGAGUACAUGCAUCCCCUGGUACGGAAGAAAUCCGGAGAGCUGGUCAAGUCGUCUUUGAAGCUCAACUAUCUCGGGAACAGCUCCAAAUCGCUGCCCGCAACCCCAACAUACAAACAAGUGCAUUUCGGAGGAGACAUUGCGGUCAAAUACUUCGACGAGGCAGAUAAACCAAGUUCGAUUAGUGCAAACAACUCGCCCUACGUAUCGGAUGAGGAAGACACAGACUACGAAAGCGACCAGGAGGAUAUCUUUGGUUCUCCAGAGACGAUAUUUGAUAUUGCCAAGGAGUGUGUUGUUUCCAACAACUGCAAUGCUACAGAUCGGUUUAGACGGCUCAUCCAGCCGUGGAACUUGGUCACCCGAAACUUCCCUAAAAUCUCGUAUAGAGACGAGAUUGACAAAGAAACUCCUGUUUUCCUAGAAAGGUGCUUUCUGAACGUCGACAAGACAGAGCUGUGGGGACAGGUCGCCGUCAAAAACAUGUACUACCACAAAUCCGUCACAGUCAGAUACACGUUCAAUGAUUGGGAUACAGUCAUCAACGUGGAAGCAACCUACAUCCCUGAUAUACCGAGAUUACUAAAACGGGCCAAUUACGACCGGUUUGUGUUCAAGGUGUCUGUUCCGACACUUUUCUCUCAAUUUUACGCUACGCAUAUGUCUUCUUCCGGUAUGGAGCCAUACUUCCAACUGUGCAUCCGUUUUGUCACCAACGACUUGGUGUUUUGGGAUAACAAUUCCCAAAGGAACUACGAGUUGCGGUUCAGUCGCACCACAUCUGGUUCCAAUGAUGCUCGUCAGAAACAAAAGCAUCAGAACAUGUACUCUUCCAAAUUUCUGCGGAGAAGUGCCAGCAUGGAAGACGUUUCUUCUCGAGCUUCAAGAUCAUUUGCUCAUCUGGAGAAUGAUUUGGAAAACUUCACCUUGAGCCAGCCGACAAAACAUAAAUCCCACCAGACCACCACAAAUACUACAGGUGACCAACCAUACGAUUUCCAUCAAGAAGCCGUCUUAGAUAGUAGCAUGAACUCUCCCGGAACUCCACUUUUACUCAAAAAUGUGGGAGCAACCCCCACUUUCACAGAUCUCAUCCCCCCUCCUCUUCCAUUGAACCAGAAAGACGAGAACCAACAGCAACAGCAACAAUCGCAACUGGACCGGGAAGUUUCGCCCACAGACAAGUCGGCAGGCCCCCCACCAGCAUCAAACUUAUCCGAUUCCUUGAGUGGAUCACAAAGACCGGAAAUCAACUCCAAAUCUUACCAGAAGCUUUUGGAAAACUACUGUUUCUUCCAAGGGCCUUCAACAGUGUCGUCAUUCUUGAACAACAACAGUUCAGGUUCCAAUGACAAACCACCAAUCAACAAGUAUGGCUACAAUUUUUACUAG